GUCAGCUACCUACCUCCUCUUCUCAACAAUCAGCUCAAAGAAAGUCAAGCGAGACAUAAAACUGGGCACCACUCCCGCACCCAAAACCCAUCGACCACUCCCACGACGACCUCCUCCCCGCGAUCCACCCCGACCCACCGCAGCCUCGCCAAUGGCCGGCGCCGCGCCCACCGUCGCCAAGUCGCCGCCGUCCCUGAUCCCGCCGGCAGGGCCCACCCCGGGCGGUUCCCUCCCGCUCUCCUCCAUCGACAAGACCGCCGCCGUCCGCGUCUCCGUCGACUUCAUCCAGGUCUUCCCCUCCGGUUCCGGGAAGGAGGACUCUGCCGCCGCCAUGCGGGAGGGCUUCGCGAGGGCGCUCGUGCCGUACUACCCCGUCGCGGGCCGCAUCGCGGAGCCCGUUCCGAUGGAGCCCGAGAUCGAAUGCACGGGGGAAGGGGUGUGGUUCAUGGAGGCCGAGGCAAGCUGCACCCUCGAGGAGGCGAGGAACCUCGAGCGACCGCUGCGCAUCCCCAAGGAGGAGCUGCUCCCGCGCCCUCCGCCCGGGGUGCGCGUCGAGGACACCGUGCUCCUCGCGCAGCUUACCAAGUUCACAUGUGGUGGAUUCGCCGUGGGCAUUUGCUUCAGUCACUUGGUGUUUGACGGGCAGGGCGCAGCCCAAUUUCUGAAAGCUGUUGGUGAGAUGGCGAGGGGGAUCCCUGAGCCAUCGAUGAAGCCAAUCUGGGCUCGGGACGCCAUCCCCAACCCACCUAAGCCACCCCUAGGCCCACCACCGUCAUUCACCGCGUUCAACUUUGAGAAGUCAGUGGUUGAGAUCUCUCUGGACAGCAUUAAGCGUGUCAAGGACCAGGUCGCGAGUGAGACCAACCAGAAGUGCUCCACCUUCGAUGUGGUCACCGCCAUAAUCUUCAGAUGCCGCGCCUCUGCAAUUGACUUUGCACCCGAUGCUGAGGUUCGCCUAGGCUUCGCAGCCAGCACGCGCCACCUUCUGAGCAAUGUGCUGCCUUCUGUGGAAGGCUACUACGGGAACUGCGUGUACCCUGGUGGUCUCACUAAGACCAGUCAGGAGGUGAAAGACGCAUCGCUUGUGGAGAUCGUGACUGCAAUCAGGGAAGCCAAGGAAGCUAUGUCGUCAAGGUUCCUUGACUGGUUGAGCGGCGGUGCCAAGGAGAACCACUACAACGUGUCGCUGGACUAUGGCACGCUUGUCGUCACCGACUGGAGCCAUGUUGGGUUCAAUGAGGUGGACUACGGGUUCGGUGAGCCGAGCUAUGUGUUCACCCUGAACGACGAUGUGAACAUCGUGCCCUCCGUCGUCUACCUGAAGCCACCCAAGCCAAAGCAGGGCAUCAGGCUGGUACUGCAGUGCGUGGAGAAGCAGCAUUCCGCCGUGUUCAGCGAGGAGUUGCAGAAGCAUGCAUAGAGAUUGUGUGUCUGUUCCAGUGUCCUCCAUAGUUGGGAAUUUGUUGUGAUUAAUUGCUGCUUCUGGAAUUUGCUUGCAAUAAGACAGGGUUGGUCGUGUUUAUACGUUGUACUAUUAUCACCACGUUACGUUAUACAUGUAUAAUGUAUUGACAUUGAUGAAAAGAAUAAUAGUGUUCCAUUUUAAAACAAA